CAUCUGCACGAACUUCGGACAGAAUCCGAUGGUAUGACAAGACCAUAGUCUGAAGUUGGUUCUGUUUAGGUAUUAUUUGUUGCGAUUUGCAAGUGAACAGUGCUAUUUUGUCGCGCAGAGAAUUUUUAACCAGUUUUAACCACCUUUUAACAACCAUGAACACAGCAAUGGAAAGAGUCAAAAUGCUCCAUCCAUCUCUGGAAACUGGAACGCUACUUUUUGCGAUUAUAAAUCUAUUGCUAGUAAUAAUCUCAACGGCGCAUAGUAUCGGGUGUCUAGGCGUGUGGGCGGGCACUUACCUGCUGUCGGACCACCCGAUGUCCCAUCAAGAAAUAUUGUCAGCCAUUCAGGAAGCUGCCGUCAUCAUCAUCUGGAUGAUCCUCUCCAUCAUUGGCCUGAUUUUCUCUUCGUUUUUGCUUAAUGGUAUUAUAAAGAAAAAGCCUCAAGACAUCAAAGCGUACUACGUGUUUGGGGUGGCCAGCCUCACGGUAGCUGUAUUGGUUCUGGUCGGCGUCUUUAUAUGCUCCGGGGUGUAUGACCUCGACUUGUACAACAGUGCUGUUAUCAUGUUUGUCUUGGUGCUGUACUCCCUGGCUCUCUGUAUGAUCCGCAGCACCUAUAUCAAAUUGGAAGCCGCCAACGACCAGUUCAGCCACAAACCUCUGGAUGAGAAAUGUUAGAAUAUACUUAAGUACUUCUCUCUAUCCUUAGGGCCCCCACACUUACCAGACUAAGAAUUGUUUAUUAUUUUUAUGUAUCAGCAACACAAUUACAGCUCUAUACCGCAGGCCUGGGGCCUAUUGUGAAAAACAAUAACAUUUUGGUUUU